AUGGCGUCGCUCCUCCGGCCGCAUACGUUCGCCAAAUCAUCACGAAAACUGCUUGAAGCAGCCUCGCUCUCGCAGACCCUAGCGCGACGACCAGCUUCACUGCCGCGACCACUGUAUGCAUACGCACGGAGUCGACAGUAUGCGACGAGGCCAGAGGAUCCAAAGGAGCCCCAAGAGCAGGAUGGCAACAAGUCAGACAAGCCGGCGCCUGGCUCAUCGCCCAAGGGAAUGGAACAUUUGUACUCACAGAGCUCUCCGAUGUCAUCCAAUCCACAGCCGCCAGGGAAAAAGCCCGAAGGUGAAGAGGAUGGGCCUCUCCCAGGCCGCACAAAGCUAAACGCGGCAGAGGAGAAAGCUCUUGACGAUACAUUCGCCCUGGUCAAGAAAGGCAUGCCUGCGUCUAUGACACAAGACAUCGACAAGGCUUUACAACGGAUAAAGCGAGAGGGUUUGCCCAAGGAACUUCGGGACACGAUCGAAGAGGUUAGCACAGAAGGCAUGUCUCCCGGGAGAGCUGCCAAACUGUGGCGGCUGACUACCCACAUCGCACGACAAACAGCGGAGAGAGAGUUCAGCGACCGUAUGCAGAAGGAAGAGCCACAGCAGAAGAGUUCAGAAGACCCGGGUCCGGCUGGAGCUAAGAAGGAUGGCAAGAAGAAGGACAAGAAAGACGACAUGUGGGCGAACGUGACAGAGUUCAAGUUCGACCUCAGUAAUUUCUUGGUCUCCGCUUUUGUUGCAUACCUCCUCUAUCGUCUUGUGGUACCCAGUGAAAACAGCAGGGAGAUUACCUGGCAAGAAUUCAGAAACACCUUCUUCGACAAAGGUCUGGUGGAAAAGCUAGUCGUGGUCAAUGGCAACCUUGUACGAGUUUAUCUGCACCGCGAAGCUGUGGCCUCCAUGUACCCGGAGUCUCCUGCUGCUCAGCCCGGAUUCUAUUACUAUUUUAGCAUUGGCUCAGUCGAAGCCUUUGAGCGAAGAGUAGACGAGGCACAAAACGAAUUGGGCAUUCCAAAUUCGGAGAGGAUUCCGGUCUCCUAUCACUCGGAGGGCAGCUGGUUCAACACCGUCCUUGCUUUCGGGCCGACGCUGCUGUUCAUUGGUGCGAUCUUCUAUAUGUCGAGAAGAGCCGCUUCAGGCGCAGGUGGUGGCCAGGGCGGUAUUUUCGGCAUGGGACGAAGUCGGGCCAAAAAGUUCAAUCACGAAACAGACAUCAAAGUCAAGUUCAAUGACGUUGCAGGGAUGGAUGAAGCGAAGCAAGAAAUCAUGGAGUUUGUCGGCUUUUUGAAAGAGCCUUCUAUCUAUCAGAAACUUGGUGCGAAGAUCCCUCGCGGUGCCAUCCUGUCGGGGCCUCCCGGAACAGGUAAAACACUGCUAGCCAAAGCGACCGCCGGAGAGAGUGGUGUGCCUUUCUUUUCAGUGUCAGGAUCCGAAUUCGUCGAGAUGUUCGUGGGUGUUGGUCCUAGCCGUGUACGGGAUCUAUUCCAGAACGCACGGAAGAACACACCAUGUAUCAUCUUCAUUGAUGAAAUUGAUGCCAUUGGAAAGGCGAGAGCGAAGCAGUCUUUUGGUGGUGGCAACGACGAGCGCGAGAGCACACUCAAUCAGAUUUUGACCGAGAUGGACGGAUUCAACACUUCGGAGCAAGUUGUCGUGUUGGCUGGAACGAAUCGAGCAGACGUUCUGGACAAGGCCCUCAUGCGUCCAGGACGAUUCGACAGACACAUCGCCAUCGACCGACCGACAAUGGAUGGCCGGAAACAGAUAUUUGGCGUGCAUCUGAAGAACAUCGUCACAAACGAGGACUUGGAGUACCUGAAAGGCCGUCUUGCGGCUCUCACCCCUGGAUUUGCUGGUGCUGAUAUUGCCAACUGUGUCAACGAAGCUGCUCUGGUUGCUGCCCGCGAUUCUGCGGAGUCCGUCGCCAUGAAGCAUUUCGAACAAGCCAUCGAACGUGUCAUUGGUGGACUUGAGAAGAAGAGCUUGGUACUAAGCCCAGUAGAGAAGAAGACCGUUGCCUACCAUGAGGCCGGUCACGCUAUCUGCGGCUGGUACUUCCAGUACGCUGAUCCUCUACUGAAGGUCAGCAUCAUUCCACGUGGGCAAGGGGCUUUGGGCUACGCACAAUACCUUCCGGGUGGUGGCAACGAUGAAGUUCUCAUGAACGUCAAACAACUAAUGGAUCGCAUGGCUAUGACUCUCGGCGGUCGUGUUAGCGAGGAGCUCCAUUUCGACACUGUGACUAGCGGAGCCAGCAGCGACUUCAACAAAGUCACACGCAUGGCAAAUGCCAUGGUCACCAAGUGGGGAAUGUCUAACUUGGGCUAUAUCUACUACCCUGACUCAUCAGAGAGCCAAGAGGCGCAGCUGCAAAAGCCUUUCUCCGAAUCGACUGCACAAGCCAUUGAUGCUGAAGUCAAGCGAAUCGUGAACGAAGCAUACAAGCAAUGUCGACAACUGCUGGAGGAGAAGAAGAAGGAGGUCGGACUGGUCGCCGAGGAGCUGCUGUCCAAGGAGGUGCUGAGCCGUGAUGACAUGGUCCGAUUACUCGGUCCACGACCGUGGAGUGACCCAGGCGAGUUCAGCCGCUACUUUGGCGGCGGCCCCAUGGGCCCUCCACCUGGCGGCAAACCUGCUGAGCCGGGCUCUAUUGAACAGCCUGGCGAGGGGAACAUGCCCCCGCCUCUCCGGGGGGCUGGAGGCGAGGAGCCGGCUCCAACGCUAUACCAACAGUUUAAAGAGCUAUCUCGGCGAUGGAAGUGA